AUGGCGAGGGUCAAGUUCGUGGCAGACAAGAAACCUGAUCCCCCCAAAUCCUCUCCGCCCCCGUUUCCAGCGGAUGAGGAACCUGACGAAGACAAAGUCCCUCCUCUUCCCGAACAGCCGCGAAGAAGUCUUCGAAACGUUGAGAGGGCGAGUGCUAACGAGUAUCAAACAAGGUGGGAUGACUGGGUUUCUGAAGACCGUCUCCGCAAACUUACCGAAGACAACAGAGAGCUAGCAGCAAGCUUGAGACGCGAUGUCAUGCAGACUGAAAACCGUGCGCGCAAUCCCAAGCCGGUGACGGCACCGAAGAAAGGUCGUACCCAAGGCUCCGAGAUCGGCUCUGGACGUGGCAGUGAAGAGCGAAAUUCCUCUGUACCCACCGGAGGUAGAGGUGCCAAGCGUGGCAAGGACAAUGAGAUCGAGAAGGUAGCUACCCCUGCUUUUUUUGCUCCCCGAAGAAGUGCUCGUCUACUUGAAUCCGCUGGUCCUGCCCAAAGCACCCAUCCAGAUUCCCCGGACCCCUCUCCCUCUGGAUCUGACGAGGACGCGGACGACGACGAAACGGAGUCCCAGGAUUCGGAACCGGACCUAGCAUCUAUCUUUAACUUUGGACCACCUGUUGCUUUCACGGCCAACAAAAAUGAAGCCUCUACUCUUCAAGAUGCUCCUGCGCGCGGAUCACCUGUGACUUCAACUGCCAACAAAGACGAACUCUCCACGCGUCAGGAUGCUCCUGCUCGUGGGAUUUCUGUUGCUUCAACUGUCAACAAAGAUGAGCUCUCCACACAUCAAGAUGCUCCUGCUCGUGGGAUUUCUGUUGCUUCAACUGUCAACAAAGAUGAGCUCUCCACACAUCAAGAUGCUCCUGCUCGUGGGAUUUCUGUUGCUUCAACUGUCAACAAAGAUGAGCUCUCCACACAUCAAGAUGCUCCUGCUCGUGGGAUUUCUGUUGCUUCAACUGUCAACAAAGAUGAGCUCUCCACACAUCAAGAUGCUCCUGCUCGUGGGAUUUCUGUUGCUUCAACUGUCAACAAAGAUGAGCUCUCCACACAUCAAGAUGCUCCUGCUCGUGGGAUUUCUGUUGCUUCAACUGCCAACGAAGACGAACUCUCCCCACGUCAAGAUGCUCCCGCUCGCGAGAUGUCUGUUGCUUCAAAUGCCAACGAAGACGAACUCUCUACACGUCAAGGUGCUCCUGCUCGUGAGACUUCUGUUGCUUCAACUGCCAACGAAGACGAACUUUCCACACGUCAAGUUGCUCCUGCUCGUGGGAUGUCUGUUGCUUCGACUGCCAACGAAGACCAACUUUCCACACGUCAAGAUGCUCCUGCUCGUGGAUUUCCUGUUGCUUCAACUGCCAGUGAAGAAGUAUCAUCCAGUCGUCGAGCUGCUCCUGCUCGUGGAUUUCCUGUGGCUUCAACCGCCAACGAAGAAGUAUCUUCCACUCGUCGAAUUGCUCCUAUUCGUAAGGCUGCUGGUCGUGGCAAACGAAUCAAGACCAUGGCACUUAGGAAGAUCCAUAGCCAGUACGACGAGGAGGCAAUGAAGCCUUACCCUCUUGAUUUUUCUGCGGGCAAGAAUAAUCUGGAACUUGCUUUGACCGAGAUUCAAACAGCCGUGCCAAUGGAAGACGAUGUUGUAGCGGCUCCUGGCUACUUCGCAGAUGGGCAGUUUCAAUCUCCUGCUCUUGAGACAUUGACCAACGCCAAACGUCGACCAGCACGGCCAGCACGGCCACCUGGUAUGCGUGUUUCAAGACAAGCCGAGCGAUCGGUGUAUCAAAGCGCGUUACCCCCUCCAGGUCCUGAUGCAGAGCCAGCCGAUGGUGACAUGUUGUUCGAAGCGGCAAUGAAAGCUCUCAGCGUACCACCUCCUCCCGACGAGCCAGAGCACAUGACCAUCGACACCUUCAAGCACGGCCAUCAUUGGGCACCACUGAUUGGCGGCACAACACAAAGCGAGAAACAACAGAUUGAGGACGAAGCAGAAGAUAUUGGUGCCUUCACUCCGAAGAAAGCGCCUCACCAUCCCGAGUACAUCAAGACUCGCAUCAACGACCCUCUGAACGCCAACCGUCUCCAUUUCUUCAAGGACCAAGAUGCAAACCGGACCUUCACGGCCGCAGGUGGAUCCAAGGAGCCCAACACUUACGUCGACCCACCAGGAUCUGGACUCCGCUAUGACGCCCUCAAAUACCCGGAGUAUCUUCUUCAAUAUGGACCUGAUGUUCUAGGAUCCCUGUCGGUGACUGAUCUGAACAAACUCAGCCGCGACACCAUUGUUCGCUUCCCCAAGGCUGCCCUCCGGAAGCUUCCCCGCAAAUUUCUUAAGAAAAUGAAAAUUCCUAGACCUGCAAAAGCUGAUGAUCCCACUCAGGAGGAGAGUUUCUACUCGCGCCCGAGCGUCCACAUCCCCAUGCCCGAUAUGAUCAAAGGCUACCUCGUCGACGAUUGGGAGAAUGUCACCAAGAACCUGUUUCUGGUUGGUUUGCCGAGUCUAGCCCCCGUCAACUGGAUCAUCGACGAGUAUCACUACCGAGAACGAGACAAGAGGAGAGAGGGCAGUGAAGAGGCGACGCGUUUUCGGGAGUUCUGUAUGGGAAUGCAGACGUAUUUUGGCAAGAUGAUUGGAAAGACGCUGCUGUACAAGUUUGAGAGAGGGCAGUAUGCUGAGGUAUCGCCGUCGACACCGAUCCUUUUACCACUGGAGGAUUUGACCAAGCUUUGGGAGGAAGGAAAGGGUGCUUGGAAAGGCAAAGGACCAGGAGAUUGCUAUGGCGCCGAGCAUUUGUGUCGCUUGAUUGUCGGCAUGCCCGAGUACAUGGCGCGAACCGACAUGACCCGCCAACAUGUCAGCCAAGUCAAAGAAGAGUUGACAUUGCUCAUGCAGUGGAUGUGCCGCAACUAUCAACUCAUCUUCGUCAACAAGUACGAGAGUCCUAGCGCUGAGUACAUUGAGGCUGCGAGGGAUUAG